UUUAGUUUAUAGUGUUAAAGCAGCAGCUGUUGUCAGGGGAGACACAGCAGCAUUACUAUUUAUCUGCUGGCUUAUUCACACAUACUAAUUCCAUGGAUUUGGGGGCUCUCACUUUCUCCAUAUAGUAAAACUAACGCCUCCUUUUCUUUACUGGGUAACAAGGGUAAGCACUUCCUCUCUCUACCUUUCCUUUCUUGUUAAAGAUUGCACCAUUUCCUUCGCUCUGCUGCUUCUGAUUUUUUAUUGCCUAUUUUUGGAUAAACGGCAGAGGGAUUUUCUGUCUCAAACUCAAACUUCCCACUUCGAAUCUCUGCUAAAACAUGGCCACAAAAAUCUCAGCUUUGGGAAUUGGGUGCUUUUAUUUCUUUUGCCCAUGCUUUUCAUUUUUGUUAAUUUUCGGAAAAAGAAAAUAUUUUUUUCUGUGUGCAGUGGGAAAAGUUCCCCUUCUGCUUUCGGUUGUUGAUUCCAAUAAAAAAAACCCUAGAUGGGGGACCAUAGCUUCUCCAUCUCUCAGCCCCCAUUUCUUCUUCCAUUUUUUUUUUAAUGAUAAAGGAUGAGAUUUGUUAGUACACUGAAAAAAUGCAGAUCAUAAUAUCAGUAUGCUGUUUAGGGUAAUUUCUUUUUAUCUACUGUAAUCGCAAGCUCUCUAAAUGCACUGUAUAGAUCUAAUAUAUCACAGUGUUUCUGUACAUAACUUUUACUUUUUACCUAAUUCUUCAUUUAUUUAUUUGGGAUUUUUGAGGUAGCCAGCCAGGUAGGUGGGGAAAGGCUUUGAAAGUGACAUUUAGACGUUUCUGACUGGUUCUCUUUUCUUCUUCACACACACAGAAAAUUUUUCACCUUAUUAAUGAUAGUAUAUUUUUUUGCAAUUGGGCUGAAGUUGCAUUUGUAUAUUAUGCUUUCUAUAUUACUGGAGGAACUAUUAUUUAUAGAAUGCUGGUUGAUUAGUGGUCGGUAAGUAGUUAUUGUUCUUUUUCACCUCACUUUUUCUGAUCCGGUGCCUUUUAUAGUGGGAGAAGAGUUUCACUUUCUAUUCUUUUAUUCAAAGAAUUGAGGAAUUCUUUACUUUGGGUAGUAAACUGUUUGUUGCAUGUUUCUUUAUUAAUAAUUCUGUUUCUUAGUAGGCUUGUGAGAUUCUUAGGAGCUGGGGUUGUAGAUUGAAUCAAGAACAAAUUUUUGAAAAAUUCUGUGUUGCAGAAAUCUCUAUCGAAUUGAAUUUGCGGUGAAAACAGCUUUGUGCUUGCUAGCUGGCCUUUGAAAUGGCUUUAUAGACUCUUGAUGAUAUUAAAGAGUUGAUCUUGACAUUUGAUUCAUUUUCUUCUUGCUAUUUUUGUCGACUUCUUGAAAGAGGGAGUUGUCAUUUGGUGACGGGGUGAUGAAUUCUCAUCUCUUCAUAGCAUAGUUUCCUUGAAUUUGAUCUAGGGUCCCGGUUUAUGAUGCAGCCUGUUAAUUGAGUUGUUUGAUGAGCCACUUUAUGGAGAUGGAGUGGAAUGCAAAGUGGGAUUGGGAAAACUUGGCUGCGUUUGGUUCAAAGGCGAUUGAGAGUCCGAAGAAUCUGCAAUUAGCGGAUUGGUCAAUUGUCGAUGAUGAGGAGAUCCAUGGUGGAUCCUUCAAUCUAUCUGCUGCUUGUGGUGGCAACAGUGGCGCCUCGGGCUCUGAUGGCAGGCAUGGUUCUUCAGCCAAGAGUUCGAUUUCAGCUUCUACCGACUCUUCCUGCAAGGAUAGGAUGCAGACUUCCAUCUUAACAUUCACUACAUCUGAGGGCUCUUCUGGGAACUUCAGCAAGAAGAUUGAGAUGAAAGGAAUUGAGCUUUCUGGAACUUCAUCAACUCCCGAUGCCUCUGUUGGCUCUGCAGAAGCAUUGCUGGGUUUGAAGCUUGGAAAGCGGACGUAUUUUGAGAAUACCGGUGGUGGAGGCACUGUUAAGAGCACUUCCUUUUCUGCGAUGCCCGCCCCUGCCACCACCACCACUGCGCCAAAGAAAACUAAAUCAUCUGCUCCGAAUGCUCCUAUAUUCUGUCAAGUCGAGGGCUGCAACGUUGAUCUUUCACUGGCUAAAGAAUAUCACCGAAAACAUAGAGUUUGCGACAGCCAUUCAAAGUGCCCCAAGGUUGUAGUUGGAGGCCGUGAACGCCGAUUUUGCCAGCAGUGCAGCAGGUUUCAUAGCCUGUUGGAAUUUGAUGAAAAGAAGCGCAGUUGUCGAAGAAGGCUUUCUGAUCAUAAUGCAAGGCGCCGUAAGCCACAGCAAGAAACCAUCCAGUUCAAUCUGCCUAGGCUGUCAACCCCAUUCUAUGGAGGGACCCACCAGAUGAGUUUCAUGUUGAACAAUCCCCCACCUGAUCACUCGAGGACCACUGCAAAUUCUAUCUGGAACAACUCCAAAUUCGCACUAGCCAAAGGGUGUUCGUUGAAGUCUGAAGGAGAUGAAGGUAUUGAAGAACCGUUGCAUAUUCCAGGAAUCAGGGUGCCACAAGCCAUCAAUAUGCAAAAUGCAGCCAACGGACUCUCGGCAUCAAAGCAUACGCAGUCGCAGUCUGUGGUUUUGAAUUCAGGUUGCAAGGGAUCAUUGAUCUCUUCCUUAGAUGCAGCACCAGAAUAUCGUCGUGCUCUCUCUCUUCUGUCAAGCAAUUCCUGGGAUUCGUGCAAUCAAGAAUCGAUUCAGUUACACCAUCAGCUGCAUGAGAACACUCCCAACACCAUCCAACCUAUGUAUCAUGCAAUCCCUGAAGGUGUGCCCUUCUCUUCCUCAGACUUGUGGCCGACCGGACCACACCACCACGUGGGUAUGGGUUCAUUCAAGACGCCGUAUGAUGCUGACUUCUAUUCCAAUAUAUUGAACUGACCACUCAUAACAAGUCUAUUCAUCUAUGCGGUCCUAGCCUAGGUUAGUCACUCUUUCUCACCUCCAUAUGCUUUAAUGGUAUCUUGCUGUUAGAAAAGGUUUUUAACGAUGACAGUCUCGCCUUUCCAGCGUCUCAUUCUCGACAUAUUUCUGUCAUGUCGCAGGCCAUCUAACAUGUUGGUUCGGGGCAGCUUCGUUUUGGGAUAACGAAUGAACGUUCAUUUAGUUUCAAGGAUGACAUGUUUUGGUACUGUGGUGUUGUCUCAUUUUGCACCUUCAAAUCUUGUUUGUUAUCGUUUCCGGAUAAUGCUGCCCUUAAUGAAUUUUUUUGUUCAUCUA